GCAGCAGAUCUACAAAUAAAUAAAUACUUUUGAGUGUCUUCGGCAGGGAGUCAUUGAAGUAGAAUUCUAGUUCCAUACAGUAUUAAAUUCAACCUUCAUUCAAAGGUUCAAGAUACACUCAAACACAAGAAGAGACAACAAGACCACAGUCUACAAGAACAAGACAAAGCUGUUCUCGUACUAGAUCCCAUUCCUCGAACAACAUCAAGUACAACACCCUAAACCAGUCUCUCGAGUCCCAUACAGCCAAAAUGUCCGCACAAAAGAAGGUGACCUCCUCCGUCGACCCCGAACUCCGCCCCUUCCACGAACAACUCUUCGAAGCCGGUCUCGCCGUCCGCCGCUCCGUCGUAGGCAACACAUACGUCGACCGGGCGCUGGCCAACGGCUCCACCGAAUUCUCGAGACCCGGCCAAGAACUCGUCACAGAAUGGUGCUGGGGCUACGCCUGGACGCGGCCCGGGUUGGAACGCCGUGAACGCUCCCUCCUAAACAUCGGCAUGCUGAUGGCGUUGAACCGCGCUCCGGAGUUGGCGGUGCACGUCCGUGGCGCGCGUAACAAUGGCUUGAGCGAGACGGAGAUUCGUGAGGCUAUUCUCCAUUGCACGACUUACUGUGGUGUGCCCGCCGGUGUGGAUGCCAUGAAGAUUGCCGAACGUGUGCUCAACGAGAUGGCUGAGGCUGGGGAGAAGGAGAGAGAGUUGGGAGGUAAGAGCAAGGAUGCUUAGAUCGACUCUGAGAAAUGUGAUAUCAGAUAAAUGUAAAAAAUUUAUUGGGUCUUAUUUUGGUGUUAUACCGCUUGCCUUUUAGUCUGGUGUUCAGGCAAUGCUGCGAUGUUUUGCUGCAAAUGCUGCAAAUCUCGCCAAUGUUCAUGCUCAAUGCUGUAGA